AUGGAAUCCGACGAAUGCAGAUUUCUCGUCAGCAAGGUGAGGGAGGAUAUCUGGGUCGAUAAAGUGAAUGAAGCACGGCUACAAGGUAACGCCUUGUGCAAAUGGGCAUCUACCUUCCAUCCAGAUCGAAGCGGUUGUAAACUUGAAGGUGGUUUUCUAAAUGGCUCCUACAAUGUCUCCCAAAAGAUCGUCUUUGAGGAUAGCUGUCAGUGGAUGAUCCGGUUCCCUCGUGUUAGCACGAUCCAUGACGACUAUGCAGACGAGAAGGUUAGAAUAGAGGUCGAGACAAUGAGUAUAAUUGGUGAAAGAACCACCAUUCCGGUCCCAAAGGUUCAUGCUUGGGGAAUUGCGUCCGACAACCCUCUUCAUCUAGGCCCAUUCAUCAUGAUGGAUUAUAUCUGUGGAGAAAGCCUUCACUCUAUUCUUACACCCCCUCAUACGCGACUGAUAAGAGAAGACAUCAAUAAUAAUAAUAUCGAAUACAUUUACAAGCAGAUAGCCAAUAUUUUCCUCCAGAUAUUCAGUUUGGAUUUUAAUCACAUUAGCAGUUUACUACCAAUAAAAACCGGUGGUACUGUUCCAGUACGCCCUCUAACAUAG